CAUUUGGUGUUUUAUGCUCUAGUCUUCUUCUCUUGUGCUUAUAUAGAGAGACUAGAACAAGAGAGCAGUGUAAUCAGUCUCUUUUUCUCUUUUUUUUUUGUAUAAGUGAACAGCUCUCUCUUGGCUCCUAGGGAUUGUAUAUAUAGUAGAUAUAUAUUUCAUUUUCUGUUUGUUUCUAAAGAAUCUAUAAGAAUAUGAAGAAUUCAAGUUCUGAAUGCAGUAGUAGGCGUGAAUCCGGUUGGACUAUGUACUUCGAUCAAUCCUCAAAUUAUGGAGAUCAAUUCUACAAAGCUGAUGAUAAAGAUUUCAGAAGCAAAGUGGCGAAUGUGAAGGAGGACGACGAGGAUUUGUCCAUGGUGUCCGAUGCAUCAUCUGGACCUCCACAAUUCUGCGAAGAUGAAGGGUGCUUCGAUGAAACUAGGUACUUUGGCUAUGCUUCUUCUGCUUAUGAACAAGCAAAGAAGGGUGAGAAGAAAAAGAAAACCAAAGAACGUAGAGGGAAAAAACAGCAUUCGUAUCUUGACGACACUGCUAGCUCCCCAGUCCUCAGAUUCUCCGAGAAGGAUAUAGCUUUUUCUUCCAAUGAAGCUUCAAAGGGCUUCUCUGAAACAAGAUUUAAGGGGAAAUCUUCAUCUUCAGAGGCAGCCAGUGGUUUACAGGGAAGAAAGCGCGGAUGAGGUGCUGCUGCUGCUUCAAUAUUGAGAGAAAGAGACAGACAGGGAGUUCUUUUUCCUAAGAGCUCUUGUUUGGGAAUGUAAAAAAGAAAAGGGCAAUAGAUUUCUAAGACCUCUUGCUCCUUUCUUCUCUUCUCUUUAUUGGUUUUUUUAUUUUCAUAUAUUGUUUUAUGUUCCUGUCAAUGCAGAAGGAAACAACCUUGUAAGUUGUUACAUAAAUGUCAAAUUUAAUUUUCUUUUCUUUCUA